AUGUCAGUGGACUAUUUACUGAAACCACCCGUUGAUAAAUUCGAUGAACUCAAUAACCUGCCUACCUGGUCGUUUCUCGUAGAGAGUGGGCAGGGCCGAAAGGUUCUCUUUGACCUGGGCAUUCCUAAAGACUUGAACGUUUACCCACCAACGAUUGUUAACGACAUUAAGAAACAUGGAUGGGAUAUACGAGUCGAAAAGGAUAUCGCAGAUAUUCUAAGAGAAAAUGGCCUCAAACCCAUCGAUAUACAGAGUGUCAUAUGGAGUCAUUAUCAUUUCGAUCACAUAGGAGACAUGUCAACUUUCCCCGACACGACAGACCUUGUCGUCGGCCCCGGAUUCAAACAGAAAUUCAGGUCAGCUUACCCUACUGACCCUGAUGCUCCUGUGCGAGAGAGCUACUGGGAAGGACGUCAGCUACGAGAGAUCGACUUUGGUGAUCGGGAAUCACCACUGAAGGUUGGUGCCCUGUGUGCAUUUGACUUCUUUGGGGACGGCUCAUUCUAUCUGCUAGAUGCCCCUGGUCACGCCGUCGGCCACUUGGCUGGUCUAGUGCGGACGACCAAGAACCCAGACACAUUCCUCUUCAUGGGCGGCGACUUGUGUCACCACGGUGGCGAGAUUCGGCCAUCUUCGCAUCUACCAAUACCAGACCGUGUAGAUAUCCCCUUACAGGACGCGUUGCGCACCCGACUGUCCUGCUGUCCCGGAGGGGCGUCCUUCAGAAGGCUCAAUACUAGGCGAGGUCGCAAAGAAAAUGAACCCUUCUUUGAGUCGAGACUCGGGGCAAACCUUACACAGGUCAUGGAGACAAUCACGAAAGCACAGGCUGCUGAUUCUCAGAACAGCAUUUUCUUCAUAUUUGCGCAUGAUCCUACUAUUCGGGGUGUUGUAGAUUUCUACCCAGCCACGGCGAACGACUGGAAGCGAAAGGGGUGGCGCGAGAAAACGCAGUGGGCAUUCCUACGUGAUUUAGCCCCAGCCGCGGCGGCUGCUGCUGAGUGA